AGAGAGAGAGAGAGAGUGAGAGAAAGAGCUAGGGUUUCAUCGCACGAUCGAGUGAUGGCAACAAAGCUGCUUAGUUCUUCGAAGUUCAAUUGCUCAUCUGAUGUCUCUGAUGAUUUCAAGUACAUUUGCGGGCUCAGCACGAUUCUCGUCGCCACCAUUCAGGAAGUGAAAGACCAUGUUUCCCAAAUCGAAUUCAUAUUCUGUAGUCAGCUUUUUCCCAAUUUCCAAUCAAAAUCAAAGCUUCUUCAAACAAUGCUCGCAGACGCAAAGAGGGCCGCGGACGAAGAAUGGAGGAAGAAAGAGGCUGAUCUCUUAAAUCAAAUAGAAGAGCUCCUUAUUGAAAAGAAGCACUUCAAAGAGCAAAUCCAGCAGUUGAACAAUUCUUUGGAGGAGAAUAAGAUAAAAUUGGUGAGCAAUGAACACUUGGCGAAUAAAAUUGAAACAGAGAAGAAACAGCUUUUGGAAAAGUUGGAAUGCUUAAUGGGGAAUGAAGAGAUUGUUAAAGAGCUGAAGAAGCAGCUCGAGGAGAAGAGCAAUGAAGUUGCGCAGGGGAAAGAGUUGCUGCAAAGGCUAUUGAAACAGAUUGAGUUGAAGGAUCAGAGUAUGUUGGCUGAACAGAGAAAGAGAAGAGACUUGGUUGAGGAUUUUAAUACGCUGAAGACAAAUUACAAGCAAUUAAAAUCUCAAUACAAUUUUCUACUCGGCAAAAUUGGCAACACCAGAGUAAAUAUGUAUUGUUUAGAGAGGGCAGGGGAGGCUAGGAAUAUGCCGAGGCCCCACUUGAAUAAGAGAAGCCUCCAAGAUUCAGAUGAAUGUGAUGAACAGGAUAUUCAGCCUGUUUCUAAACAAAGGGAACAGAAAAUCAGGGCUCUUUCUCAUGAAAAGCUUGAACCAGAUGAAGAUGCUGGAUCGGCCACAGUUGUAACUAUCGACUCUCGUACCAAUCUAUCAUCUAGUUCCAUUGGCCUCCCACCAAAGCAUAUGCAUGGCAAACCAAAAUUUGAACCUUUAACUGGCUUAAAGCGAGCAGAUUCGUGUUGGAGAGAUACUCGGGGCCGUCAAGAACCAGGUGCUCUGGACCCACAUGACGAUUUUCUCGAUACUCCCAUGGAAGUUCUGAGAAACCUAAACCAAAGACCUCAAGAAGCACAUGCUCUUCCUGUUCCCCCUCCUCAAGAUAUGGAUUUCAACAACUCUGAUGAAGAAACUCAAGAUUUAAACAUUGCGGCAGUUCCUAAGCAGCCAAGUAUUUCGAUUCUCGGUCCUGCAAAUAAGAGCUUUAAGUACGUAGAGCCUGUAAGGAAGAAGGCUGAGAGAGAGAAUCUUAAAGGGAUUGAAUGCAAGCAAUGCAAGAAGUUUUACGACGCCGUUCUACCUACCGGUGAGGGAGAGGACAAUGGCGCGAACACUACAGGUGUGAGAUGUGAGCAUCAUGAUGGUGUAUCGAGACAUAGGUACAGGUAUGCCCCUCCGAUGACACCUGAAGGAUUUUGGAACAUAGGUUUUGAUUCUGAUAUAUAAUGUUCUUCUUGGGUGUUUUCGACUGUAGAUAUUUCUACU